AUGGCUGGGCCGAACUCGAAAAAGAGGAACCAUCAAGACGUUGGCUCCAAGUCGAAACCUCAACGACCCAAGAAGAAGCAGAAGAAAGCCCAGUACCACAGCGACUCGGACGAAGAAGCCGCCAACCCUGACUUCCACCCCGUCAACCUCCUCGACUCUGACGACGACCUCGACCUCGACAAUGCGGCUGUCGAUGACGUCGGGUCGCUGUCGGGUUCGGACUCGGAGUUAGACUCAGCAGCAUCCGGUUCGGACCUGAAGUUGGGCGAUGACAACGCCGACGCCGCACCUCAAUCAAAACGAGCCGCGCCGCGGCGGAAAUCGCCGGCGAAGACGAAGAAGGCCCCAAGGGACGACAAGUCCGGGAGCGGGGGGGCGGCCGAGGGCCCAGACGGCGAAAGCGUAGACGACAGGGAAGGAGAAGAAGAAGAGGAUGAGGAAGAAGAAGAAGACGACUACGACGACGACGACGCCUCGGCCGCGGCGCGGGCGAAGUCGAAAUCGAAGCGCAACGACCCGGACGCGUUCGCGACGUCGAUGACGAAGAUCCUGUCGACGAAGCUGUCGUCGGUGCGGCGCGCGGACCCGGUGCUGGCGCGCAGCAGGGCGGCGCAGCGGGCGGCGCAGGCGGCGGUGGACGCGGCGCUCGAGACCAAGGCGCGGCGGCACCUGCGGGAGCAGAAGCGGUUGGCGCAGGAGAAGGGGCGGGUGCGGGACGUGCUGGGCGGCGACGGUGGCGAGGCCGCGGCACCCGCCACCGAGUCCGCCCAGCAGACCGAGCGCCGCCUCCGCAAGGUUGCCCACCGCGGCGUCGUCGUCCUGUUCCGCGCCGUCCGCGAGGCCCAGGAGCGCGCCGCCGCCGCAGACCGCCAGGCUCGCCGCGACGGCGCCGUCGGCGUCGACGGCCGCCGCCACAAGGCCAGCGAGAUGAGCCGCCAGGGCUUCCUCGACCUGAUCGCGGCCGGCGGCGGGAAGCUGAAGAAGGGGGGCCUCGAGGAGGCUUAG